UUUGAAGGUACGUGCCAUCUUAGGGAUGCAUGACAUCGCUUGGUGUUAAAGAUGAGCUCAACUCCAAUGCUUCCUGUAGACAUCUAAUGAAUCUCAGUAACUGAAGACAUUAUAUGCGUCACCUGGAGAAAGAUGAUAAUGGCGGAUGACAAGGACGUGCUCCGAGAUGUUUGGUUCGGAAGGAUACCGGCCUGUUUCACACUGUCUCCAGAGGAAACCACAGAGAGAGAGGCAGAACCCUACUACCUGCUCCUCCCACGGGUCAGUUACCUGACGCUAGUCACUGAUAAAGUCAAGAAACAUUUUCUCAGAGUCAUGAAGGCAGAAGACGUGGAGGAGAUGUGGUUUGAAUAUGAGGGAACACCUCUCAAAUGGCACUAUCCCAUUGGCGUUUUGUUUGAUCUCCACGCUUCAAACACAGCUCUGCCCUGGAAUGUCUCAGUGCACUUUAAGAACUUCCCAGAACAUGACUUGCUUCACUGCCCAUCGAAUUCUGUGAUAGAAGCGCAUUUCAUGUCAUGCAUUAAAGAGGCAGAUGCACUCAAACACAAAAGCCAAGUCAUCAACGACAUGCAGAAAAAAGACCAUAAACAACUGUGGAUGGGUCUGCAGAAUGAUAAAUUCGACCAGUUCUGGGCCAUGAAUCGAAAGCUCAUGGAGUAUCCUAUCAAUGAGGGAGGCUUCCGCUAUAUUCCCUUUAGAAUAUAUCAGACGAUGAGUGACAGACCAUUCAUCCAGAAGCUCUUCCGACCAGUGUCUCCUGAAGGCCACGCGCUUACGUUGGGAGACCUGCUGAAGGAGCUGUUUCCUGCUGCCAUAUGUGUGGAAGACGAGCCAAAGAGAUUCCAGGUUAUGAUUCACGGCAUUGAACCACUGCUGGAAACACCCAUCCAGUGGUUGAGUGAACACUUGAGCCACCCAGACAACUUUCUCCACAUCAGCAUCAUCCCAGCACCAAGUGACUGAUUCCAGAGGAUCCAGUUGUCCGUUGAUGGAGAAUUAGGGAUAAAAGAUCUGCAGAGACGUUCUGAUGGCACACCAUUUCUUCCUGUUUUCUCAUUCUCAUCCCUGCAGUGGCCUUAUCGAGUGAUGGUCAUCAAACAACACAAUCCUGUGCACUUCACAUGAAGAAGACGCUCUCGGUUUAUUUAGAGCUCUCAGAUGGGUCCCGUGUUCUUGCUGCCUUUAAAAUUCUUACAUUCAUACAUUUGCACAAGCUUGAUGUGAUUGUACUCCCACGUUAACUCUUUGACACUCCCGUUCCCACUCUCUAAUUUGUGAGUAAUGUACGCUUAGUCUCUCAGAUCUGGUAAUUAUUAGGAGGAAUCUUGUUUGGUGUUUAAUGAGGCCACUAAAGUGCUGUACGUACUACACGACCGCCAUAGGGCUUGAUUAUCAACAUGUUUUAUGGAUGCAUCCAGGUCAGAUGAGGUGUAAAAUAAAGAUGGAAUUCUUGCAUAAAAACUAAAGCAGAAAAAAUGAUGACUUCGGGAUUUGAGGGAAAAAUAUCGGCGACUUAAUUCACUGGAUUAAAUGUGUCAGUGUCUGGUUUUGGCAGCCGUGUAGGGGGUCACACAGCUCAGUGGAGGUGAUGAUGCCGCAAUCUGAUUAGUCACGGUCCCAAACAAAUGUUAGUGGGAUAUAGCACAAAUGAAGCUCUCUUUCCCAGACACUGCUAAAGAUAUGGUUUGCUUUCUUCUAAUUUUGGGGGGGGGUUUCCCAUCUGCUUGGAAAAAGGGUUUUAUUAAUUUAGAGCAAAUAUUUGAUUUUUGAAAUGGGUAUGUAUCGUAUAAAACAUAAGUCAGAGGCCAUACAAAUACAUUAUCAUAUCGCACUGUUUCCAACAAAGUAACCUUACAGUAUUUUUUCCCCUCCUUUAUUUACAACCUGUAGGCAGACUAGCUGUCUGUGUUUAGGGGGAUGUGGGGACUGUAGAUCAGUGUUGCAGACGACACACAGCUGAGAGUGAUUAUUCGUUUAGAGGAAUCGGUGAGUGUUUUACCCCAGACCGAGACAGAGAGACAGCGGGCAAAACCGCAGAGCUUACGCCACCACCAGGCGACUUCUCGGCAGACUGUUCUUGAGACAGUGCUGUUUGUGUACAAACUUUCAGAUGUUUAGAACAUUCCUUGUAUGACUGAAUAAUUACAGAAAGAAAGAUGCUGCAACUCCUCACUACUAAUAACACGGUUAAAAUGAUAAUAACGUGGUUCAAAUGUGCAUUUUCUUGCGUUAUUUUAAUUGCGGUGAUUGCUUUUCUGUCUUUGCUAGAUUAAUUCAAAAUGCAUUUAAUUAAAACAUU